UUGUGACGUAGGACAACGCCUGCCACGCGUCCGAAUUCGGUCCUACGGGAGAGCCACACUCCCUUGGACACACUACAGGGCUCACACUAGGCCGGAGGGUCCUGCUUUGGGAACCAUGCAUUUCCUAGUCAGACUAGCGGUUUUCCUCAGCCUGUGUGGCUGUUCCAACGCUCAGGGACAAACGAAAGAAGAAGACACAGAGGAAGUGAAAAUAGAGGUUCUGCAUCGUCCAGAAAACUGCUCCAAAACAAGCAGGAAAGGAGACUUGCUAAAUGCCCAUUAUGACGGCUACUUGGCUAAAGAUGGCUCCAAAUUCUACUGCAGUCGGACACAAGAUGAAGGCCACCCGAAAUGGUUUGUUCUUGGUGUUGGGCAUGUCAUAAAGGGGCUAGACAUCGCAAUGAUGGACAUGUGCCCUGGAGAGAAGAGAAAAGUGAUUAUACCUCCCUCGUUUGCUUAUGGAAAAGAAGGUUACGCAGAAGGCAAGAUUCCACCCAACGCUACACUGAUGUUUGAGAUUGAACUUUACGCUGUGACCAAAGGACCACGGAGCAUUGAAACAUUUAAGCAGAUAGACACGGACAACGACAGGCAACUCUCUAAAGCCGAGAUCGAGCUUUACUUGCAGAAGGACUUUGAGAAAGAUGAAAAGCCCCGGGACAAGUCCUAUCAGAAGGCAGUUUUGGAAGAUAUCUUUAAGAAAAAUGACCACAACGGAGAUGGCUUCAUUUCUCCCAAGGAAUACAAUGUGCACCAACACGAUGAGCUAUAAAUUUUACUUCUUUGUUAGUAAAUUACUGUACUUUGCUUUAAAAAAAAGGGGGGGGGUCACUUUUCUCCAUGUUGUGGUUGCCUGUUUUCCCUUAUGAAAAGAUAUUGGUUUCCUUUAAUAAACAUAAUUUUGGUGUGA